ACCCGAUUUGUUGUGACCACUUUAGGCCCUGUUGCUGUUGGGAGCGGUCUCUUUGAUGUGCCUCGCCCUGGAUCUCCUGUUCCUCCUUCUCUACUCCUUCUGGUUGUGUUGUCACCAUCGGAAGAGUGAAGAACAACUGAACGCAGAUUGUUGCUGUACGGCAUGGUGCGUCAUAAUUGCAACUCUAGUGUGCAGUGCUGGCAUAGCUGUGGGCUUCUAUGGAAAUGGGGAGACCAGUGAUGGCAUUCAUCGGUUAACAUACUCCCUACGACAUGCCAAUCGCACAGUGGCUGGUGUCCAAGACCGGGUUUAUGACACUGCCAUUGCUCUAAACAAAACUGCAGAGCCCAAUUUAGGGGACCUCGAGGUAAUAUUCAGCAAGAAGACAGAUUAUCUGCAUGUGGUUCAAAAGCUCCAGGGACUCUUGGAUGACCUGGUAAGACAAACUACAGAGAUUCCUUUCUGGAAGAACCACCAGGUUUCAUUAGAAGAGUUGGCCAUUCGUAUUGAUCUGUACGACUGGUACAGGUGGUUGGGGUAUUUGGGCCUGCUCAUGUUCCAUGUCCUGAUAUGUCUUCUGGUGCUAUUUGGACUCAUUAGAAACUCAAAGGCCAUCCUUAUUGGAGUGUGUCUUCUCGGGGUGCUCGCCCUUACUGUGAGCUGGGGGUCCCUGGGGCUUGAGUUGGCGGUGGCCGUGGGUUCCAGUGACUUUUGCAUUAACCCUGAUGCCUAUGUCUCCAGAACAGUAGAGGCCUACACAGUGCUGACUGCGGAUACUUUGAACUAUUACCUUGUCUGCGGUGCUGGGUACCCCAAUCCAUUUCAGCAGAAGCUGUCCGGAAGCCACAAAGCUCUAGUAGAAAUGCAGGAUGAUGUUCUGGAGCUCAUGAAGUUGGCUGUCAAGGAAUACCCCACCUCUAAGGAGCACCUGAAUCGAAUCCAAGAAGUGUUGAACUCCACAGAAGUCAAUCUGCAGCAUUUGACUGCCUUGGUAGACUGUCGAAGUCUCCAUCUGGAUUACAUCCAAGCUCUGACUGGCUUCUGUUAUGAUGGUGUGGAAGGACUUAUCUACCUGGUUCUCUUCUCCUUUGUCACGGCCCUGAUGUUCAGUUCUAUAGUGUGUAGCGUCCCACACACUUGGCAGCAGAAGAGGAGCACUGAAGACGACGGCGAGGAAGAAUCUACCGCCCAGGGGAACCGGCAAACUCACGACAACUUGUACCGAGUGCACAUGCCCAGUCUUUACAGCUGCGGGAGCAGCUAUGGCAGUGAGUCCAGCAUCCCAGCAGCUGCGCACACCGUCAGCAACGCUCCCGUCACAGAGUACAUGAGCCAGAAUGCAAAUUUCCAGAAUCCCCGCUGUGAGAACACCCCUCUGAUCGGUCGGGAAUCUCCACCUCCUUCUUACACCUCCAGCAUGAGAGCCAAAUACCUCGCCACCAACCAGCCUCGGCCGGAUUCUGGCAGCGUGCACUGAAAACUAGGAUGUGUGGAAGUGAAGAAUGGAACGAAAGGGCCAAUGUUGCCAGCCUAUGUUGUCUUCGCAGAUCUGUCCUGCUUUUUUCCCCCAGUCCAGGAUCCAGCUCAGUUGCAUUUCCUGCUGCUUCUUUCCCAGCUUGACCUGGCCCAUGUCCACUUGAAGAAACCUCAGUAGAAGCUUAUUGGAGAUCAAGGCUCUGUUGCCUUGCACCUCUCUCUCCACAGAGAGGGAAACUAAUCCACAUGCACAUGUGCACAUGCUGAAGACCCAGUGUUCCUGUGUGUUCCUCUGCUGUCUGUGGAUCAGCUUUCGAUAGCCGGGAAUUGCGAAGUUGAUCGUCUCCUCCCCAAGGCCUCUCUCUAAUCCAUCCAAAACGGUCUGAUGAGUCAGAUGAAUUACAACUGGAUCAAUGUGUAGAAGUGCUCUCGAUGUGGCACGCUGAAACUACAGAAGCCAUCUUUAAUGCGCACACCGCCAUGAAGCUCCAAUGUGUCCCAGCCUUGCCUGCAGAUCUCUCUCUAGCUGUUCAAGAGGCAUCCUCUUUUCUCCUGCCGGCAUUGGUCCACUUGGGAUCUUAGCAGGUCCUCAGUUGGGAUCUCGCCAGGUCCUCAGUUGGGAUCUCGGCAGAGUUGGGAUCUUGGCAGGUCCUCAGUUCCUUCCAUACUACACAACAUGGUCUGCGAAUUUAACCCUUUGUGGUUCUUGGAUACCUCUGCUACAGGCUUACUUCUCUCUCUCAGUAUCUGGACUUACAGUCCUGGAGAGAAGUAGGGGGCUUCCUGCACCAGCUUGUGUGUGGUUGGAUGUAUGCGCUCGCAUGCAUACACACACCCACUUCUGUGAACACCCCCUGGUUGUGCUGUACCUGCCUUCCUACUUUGGUUUUGUAUUUCCUAACUGCACUCAGCAGACAUCUUUUGAGACUAAUGUGAAGUCAUAAAACUGGAACUACCACCCUUUUGGUUCCAAAAUAUUCCAGGAAAAGAUUUAAGGAGUAUUGCGGGUGUUGUGGGGGGAGGCCUGUGAAAUGUCUAGUUUUGGGGCAAGAAUUCAGUAGGCAGAGGAACUGCCAGCAAAACUGAGCUUCAUCGCAAGGGAUCCUAACACGUUAGACUUCUCAACGCUUUUCAUUAGGGCUUCUUCUGAGCGUUAGGAUAGACGAGUCCCUGGAAGUGUUGACCUUACCUGGAGAAGGGACAGUUGUCGCUGCUCCUUUAUCCUUGGAUCAGAAAGCAAAGAUAAAAUAUUGUAACGUCAAGGCAGUUUUGGGGUACAGGAGUGGAAGGUGUCUCCUGCUAGUCUCUCACCUGAACUUGAACAAACCACCUGUGUCCCACAGGCUUCUUAACUUGUCAGUCAACCGCAAAGAUCAGCAGCAGGUUGGGGGAAAGAAAAUUGCCGUAGGGCUCCAACCGGUGUUCCUGCUAGGUGAGAAUCCUUAAGACAUUGAAGAGCUACAUCCUAUUCCUGCUUAUCUCUUGGACAUUCUCAUUUUAAAGCAUGAAGAUUUCCUUUUCAAGUUUUGCACAUUUGAGAGGAAGUUUUGCUUGCUUUCUCCUUCAAAAUUAGUUCCUUUUACUGGGGGGGGGGUGAGGCAGAGAUGAUCUGGAGAGGUGUCCCCCCCUCCCCCCCCCAGUUGCCUGCUUGCUUUGAAAACCUAGGAUAUUAGAGGGCUCUGACAUCCUUAGAAUGCAAUUUGCAACAGAACAGGAAGAUACAAAACCACUGUUAGGUAUUUCUUGAGCAUCAGGGUCAUGUAAACCUUAACUUAUGUCUGUGCAGGUAGCCCUAAUCAGCUGCGUAACAUUUCUCUAGAUCCCAGGAACGCAGCACAGCACCUGGUAGUACUAGGAGAGGAAUCUGAUCUGUUCCCAAAUGUGCAGGUAUUUGUGCAAAAGCUGCACAUUCAAAAUAAAUUCCUUCAUUGACCACCUUUGGAAGCGUGCCCUUAAAAGGAAAAUUCAUCACGUGCAAAUGACCACAGAUCUUCAGAACAACAUUCUUGGUAGUUUAGUUUGUAAAGAUCAGGAAGACAAGCCUUCCUCCUCUGUCUUUCUCAGGCAGAAGAAAACAUGGGUAUGAUGAUCUUAAGGAAGGGACCAGCAAUGUAUGUUGUAAUAACCACUACAGAAAUUGACUUUCCCCUGAGAAGUAAUCGCCACUGAGAUUGUGAAGAAGCUUCAGCUUGGUGUACCCUCAUGGAUUACUAACUGAAGAUGUCCUUGGUGCUUUCCCGUGGACAGAAGACAACCUGGUGGAGAAGACCAAGCUGUCAGAUUGGAGUUUGGUGGGUGAAUUGUCUCCAGGGACUCUGAAUUCGGCCUGACUUUUCAGCUAACAGAGUCACAGAAUUACCUCGUUUGUAACACCGAACUUUGGUGCACUUCUAUUAACGGGGGCAAGAGUCAACUGGGUGUGUGCCUGUACACCCACGUGUAUAUAUGGAUUGCUUGGGACGCCAACAGCACGUGCAGAUCUUGUGGGGCAUGCCUAAAUGGCUCUGUUUCAGAAAAUGUGUGUGUGCAUGGUCCCUUGUAUGCCUUUAAAGAGAAGCUGGGACCACUUUCCCAUCUUCUCCCUCGUGCCAAGCAUCUGUGGCAACCAUUCGACUGCUAAGGGCUUUUCACCCCUGCCGUCUCCCAAGAUUGAUCCCGCAAUUAUUGGCUGGCAGAGUGUUGACUUUUUGCUGGCCUGGUGUCUUCAUCACGGCUUCUGUGGUAUAGCAGGUGAACCCCAUAAAGGAUUUUCUUUUCCUGUUCUCUUAUUUUGUCUCCAUGUUUUUUUUCAAGUAAAGUGUUGAGAUCUCAGGAUGGCCUUGUUGACUUCUUGGGCCACUCAGUCAUGGCAGAACCACCACCGUGGGUUUUGGCCUAGGAUGACAGUUAUGAAAUUCAAGAGAAGUGACGGGUAGACGCUGAUACCACUUGGCAAGAAUCUGAAGGAGGGGGCAGUACGUUGGUAUGGAAAACUGGAGCCAUGAAAACUCUUCCUUUUUCUUCCUCCCUUCCAAGGGUUGGUAGCCAUUGGCAAUGGAGUUGGUUUUCCCGUGACACCAUCCCAGCACUUUCUUCAAAACAAACAACAGGAAAAUGUGGACCACGAACCCUUUUCAAGCACACACAGCAUCUCCACAAUGUGAAAUGUAUAUAGCAUGAUGGACUCCUUGCGUCAGUGUUGAAGACUGCAUUGUAAUUGUUAAAAAGAAAAAAAAAUCGAAUCAAGACUUGGCUGUGAAUUUAUUUUUGUGUGUGCUGUCCGAAGUGUAGUGUUUUGUAUCCUGUCUGUAAUAUUAGCUCACUUCAUUUUGAAUUUUUUUUUGCUUCUUAAGAAAAGGUUUAAGGUAAAAAAAUGGUAUUCAUCCAUAUAUCCAAACUUGAGGAUCUAGAGCAGUGUUUCUCAACCUUGGCCAGUUGAAGAUGGGUGGACUUCAAUGCCAAGAA